CCCUGCCGCCCACCUUCAGGCUGUGCAGCCAUGUUCUGGGCACCCUGAUCACAUGGGAGCCCAUGGGGCACCCCAGGUCUGCAGCCCUGCUCCUGCCUCUCCUCCUGGUGCUCGUCGGCCUCUCCGCCUCCACUGGGACCAGCUGUUCCCAUCUGCCUUGCUGGAGAACCUGCUGUCUGCUGGCCUCCCACAUGGAUGACAGUUUCAUUGGAGGUUCUGCCCAUAUUCCUUGUCGUACCCAGCUGGCCCUCCUCCCGUAUGCUCGAUGUCCCUGUUCUUUGUGCCUGGGUCUGAUGUCAGAUCCCCCAGGCCUUCAGUGGGGCGGCUUCCACCUCCUGGUGAAGAAAUCAAAAAAGUCUUCCAAGUUCAAGCUCUAUGGGAGACACAAGAUACCAGCAUCUUCUCAGAGGAAGUUGCUGGGCAGCCGGCGCCUGUCUGAGAAGGGCCAUCACAUUUCCAUCCCCUCCCCAGACAUCUCCUACAAGGGGCUGCGCUCCAAAAGGACCCAACCUUCAGAUCCACGGGCAGUGGAAAGUCACCCCAGACUGGACUCACAAAGGCAUCGAGGGCCCAAGUUCUCCUUUGAUUUGCUGCCUGAGGCACGGGCUAUUCAGGUGACCAUACCUCCAGGCCCUGAGGUCAGCAUGCGUCUUUGUCACCAGUGGGCACUAGAGUGUGAAGACCUGAGCAGUCCCUUUGAUGCCCAGAAAAUCGUGUCUGGGGGCCACACUGCAGAACUGCCUUAUGAGUUCCUUCUGCCCUGUCUGUGCAUAGAGGCUUCCUACCUGCAAGAAGACACCGUGAGGCAUAAAAUAUGUCCCUUCCAGAGCUGGCCUGAAGCUUAUGGCUCCGACUUCUGGAAGUCAGUGCAUUUUACUGACUACAGCCAGCACAAUCAGAUGGUCAUGGCCUUGACACUCCGCUGUCCACUGAAGCUGGGCCUCUGCCAGAAACAGGACUGGCACACCCCCUGUGAAGACCUCCCCAAUGCCACGGCUCAAGAGUCAGAGGGGUGGUACGUUUUGGAGAAGGUGGACUUGCACCCCCAGCUCUGCUUCAAGUUCUCUUUUGGAAACAGCAGCCAUGUUGAAUGUCCCCAGCAGACUGGGUCUCUCACAUCCUGGAAAGUGAGUAUGGAUACCCAGGCCCAGCAGCUGAUCCUUCACUUCUCCUCGAGGAUUCAUGCCACCUUCAGUGCUGCCUGGAGCCACCCAGGCCUGGGGCAGGACACCUUGGUGCCCCCUGUGUACAGCGUCAGCCAGACCCAGGGCUCAAGCCCAGUGACGCUAGACCUCGUCAUUCCCUUCCUGAGGCCAGGGGGCUGUGUUCUGGUGUGGAGGUCAGACGUCCAGUUUGCCUGGAAGCAGCGCUUGUGUCCUGAUGUCUCUCACAGACACCUGGGGCUCUUGAUUCUGGCACUGCUGGCCCUCACCACACUACUGGCCGUUUUUCUGGUUCUCACCCUUUGGCGCCCGCUGUCAGGCCCGGGUCGAGCGCGGCCGGUGCUGCUCCUGCACGCUGCAGACUCCGAGGCGCAGAGGCGCCUGGUGGGAGCGCUGGCCGAGCUGCUGCGGGCCGCGCUGGGCGGCGGACGCGACGUGAUCGUGGACCUGUGGGAGGGGAGGCGCGUGGCGCGCCUGGGCCCGCUGCCGUGGCUUUGGGCGGCGCGGGCGCGCGUGACGCGGGAGCGGGGCACAGUGCUGCUGCUGUGGAGCGGCGCCGGCCCCGACCCCCGUGCCCUGCUCCGCGCCGCCCCGCGCCCGCUGCUGCUCCUGGCGUACUUCAGCCGCCUCUGCGCCAAGGGCGACAUCCCCCCGCCCCUGCGCGCCCUGCCGCGCUACCGUCUGCUGCGCGACCUGCCGCGCCUGCUGCGGGCGCUGGACGCUCAACCUUCCACCGAAGCCACCAGCUGGGGUCGCCUCGGGCCGAGCCAGUGCAUGCGGGGCCGCCUGGAGCUGUGCCGCCAGCUCGAACGCGAGGCCGCCGGACUUGCAGACCAAGGCUGAGCAGAACUCCCCG